AUGAAUUAUGUUGACGAAAACGAAAUAAAAUAUGUGAAGAAACAGAAGAAAAGUAGCAAAUGCCGCAAGGUAUGGCAGAAAAUAAUUAGAAAAAGUCUUGGAUGCACAAAGGAAGAAAUAAGAAGGAGCAUCGCAAACAGUAGGAGGGAAAAGGAAAGGGUCAUUUCCAUUCUUUACGGAAGCGUCUUCCAGGGGAAUAGAUAUCUUCCGUAUGCGAAAAAAUGGAGAGGGAACACUUUGAGCGAAAUAAUCAAUCAGGACGAAAGAAAUUAUGAAAACUGGAAGAAGUUGAAAACCGUAGAUAACAGUUACUUUUGUCAAUUAGCCUUUGGAUACGUUGACCAAAAAGAUGGAAGUACUUUUGGGAGGACUGAUAAACAGGGGAAACAAAGUAGGUGUACCCCUGUUGGUAGCGGUGAUGGUAGUGGUGAUGGUAACGUUGACAAUAACGGUAGUAGUAACAGUAACGGCGAUGUGAAUGGAAACCACAACUAUAACAAAACCAACGUUACAGACAUGAGCAACAACAACAAAAGCAGCAUAACUAGCAAUAACAACAACAACCAAGCAAAUGGGCCCAGCAACCGAAGCAACAUGGUGACUAGAGGAAGGGCGCACCAUUCAGAGAAGAGCACAGCUAUUUGCGAAAAAGAUGGAAUGUUCGAAAAAUUGAAUUAUUUAGAAAAAAGAAAUUAUAGAAAUAGAUCCAAAGUGGGAAACUAUUACAGUCUCAAUGGUGGUACCAGGAGCAACUACUCUUCCUACAGUAACCAGUUUGCAAGUGGCCGCGUUAAUGCUCAUUCUGCCGAUAAUUAUUACAGUGUGGGAGCUCACGAUAGCAAAGCCAGGAGUACCAAGGGGCGGAAUGCAGUAGGGAGAAAUGGAAUCACGAGGAAGAACCCAAGUGAUAACCCCUCCUGCGAACCUCAGUCGGAACAGAAUGACGCAAUGAUUAAGUACAAAUAUCUACCCACCGGUGUUUUUUACAGUAGAGUUUCCCGAUCCUUUAUUGCCAACUGGAUUGAUCAUAAAACAAAAAAACAAAUUAAAGUACCAUACAAGAUAGCCGAAUUCGGGAUUGAAAAGGGUAUGAUUUUAGCCAUCCUUUCUAGAAAUCUUCGUAUUAAUAAACUGCACAACGCCUUAAAAUGCUACGACAGCUUAACGAACGAACAGAAGGACGAAAUGCUCCAAGUUAUUAAGACCACGCAAAAAAGUGAAAAACUCUUUCACGAUUUGCUGAAACCGGGUGUGGGGGGCAUGCCACGGGGAGGAGGACCUCUAAGUAGGAAGGCCCCUCCAGACGGAAUAGGAACUCCAACUGGGAUGGUUGCACCCAAUAAGGUGUUGCCCAACGGAAGAAACAUGUCAAACGGAAGGGGCGUGACAAACGGAAAGGUCAUACCCAACGGGAGAGGAGCUGCGAACGUUCCUCUUCACAAUGGACAAUCCCCAAAGGGCGUAACAGGCGGGUUAACCCACCAGGUUAACGUCCCAAUGGAACAGCUAGGAGAUCAGACGGAUCAGUUAACCGGAAGACCGGACCAACGAAACCAACCAACUGAACAAAUGGACCAAGCAAAUAAUCGGCCAACUAAACCAACUCACCAAUUGGACCAACUAAUCAGUCCUCCCGACCAACUCCCCUCACUGAGCAAUAACUCUCCAAGCAAGGAGAACGAACAAAAAUCGAAACGAAUAUCGAUCAGAAGAACAAGUGUCGAAAGGAAAAAAGUAAAACCAUCCUAUAGGAAUUCAGAAAAUUUACCCACUGGCGUGUAUUUUUAUCAAGGUUCCUAUGUAGCCAAUUGGUGGGAAACGCAACAGAAGAAACAAUUCAAAGUUCCUUUUAAAAUAUCAGAGCAUGGAAUAAUCAAAGCUAAAAAUCUGGCCAUCAUUUCCAGAAUCAUCAGAUCAUCCUCUGUGCAACAAGUCAAUUCCAUUUUAUCUCAAAUUGAGGAAACGGAAAAUAUCACAGACAUGAACUAUAGUGCCAUUGCUACAUUAGCGAGUAAAUAUAUUAAGGAAAAUUCGGAAGGAGGAGUAAUAAGAUGA